GACCGACAACUGUCAAAUAUGUCAAAAUAAACAAACCCCGGUCCACUAACCUCAAAAUUAAAAAAUGUCAAGAAUUUAGGUUUAUAUCUUUAAUUAUUAUGGCUUCUCACGGAAAAGCGGAAACUGAAAAACUAAAGCAAAAUUUGGAGAAUCAGUUGGACAGAUUAGUGGAACAGCUGCAGGAUUUGGAGAAUUGCAAAAAUGAACUGGAUAAAGAGGAAUACGAAGAAACAAAAAAUGACACUAUGGAUCAACUUAAGGAGCUUAAUGAUAGUUUAAGUAAAUUAGUAAAAGGGGAUAUUUCUCUAAUUAGUGCACUAAGUGCUGUUCAACUGGCUACACAAGCCGCCAUAUCAAAGGCCUUUAAGACACCAGAAGUCAUAAGACUUUUUGGCAAAAAAGAACCUCAACAGUUGCGAGAAAGGUUGUGUAUAAUCGACGAAGAAGUGAAGCUAAAUAGGCUCAGUUUAGAAGCUAGAGACACUCAGAAGGCUGAAAUUUUAACUGCAUUAAGACAAUUAAACGAACAAUUAACCACAGAGGAACUAAGAUUUUUGGAACAACAUAACCACAUUGCCAAAGCAUUUUUAGAUUUUAACUUUAUAGAAGUGCCGGAUGACGAAUAAACAGAUUUGAUGUUUAAAUAUUUUCUUUUAUACGUAACCAAAUAUAUAAGCCAUUGGGUAGAAUAGGAAGUAAAUAUGAAAAGUGAAUUUUUAAUCAUAAAUAAGAAACUGUAUGGUGGUACACCAUGGACGUAUUGGUACACUGAUAUAAUUAUUAGUCAUCUGGUAAAAUUUAUUUUUUGGUUUAAAAAGGUUGUGGCAUAUUUCGAAAUUAGCACUAUUCGACUUAACAACACGCUCCCCUCCGUGCUUGAACACUCCGACACCACUUUGGAAGUGAUCACAUAUGAUUUCGAUGUUUUGAUAGCUGCUUGACUAUCUAACAUUAUACUAAUCUCUUGAUCCCGAUAUUGUUUGUUGUAUAUGUUAACUGAGCACAUCUUAAAAUAGCGUAAACUUCUGCUUGAAUGAUGCUUGAUAGUUUAUCCAGCCUUUCUGCUUGUUUCGUUCUAGACCCGAGACACCAUUUUCGUCAUAAUCAAGCAUGUCUAUUUUCUUUUUGUUAAGUUACAGCAAUUUGCAAGUACAUGUUAGCCUUAUGUAUUCUAAUUCUAGCGAUAGUUACUCCGUGAAAACUAUGACUUUUUGCAGAUGACAAUUUCUUUUGUUGGAUCAUCAGUAUCAAUAACGCCUAUUUUGUAAUAAAAGGAGCAGCAUAUUCAUAAUUUGGAAUAGUACUGUCGAAAUAUGUAUUCAUAUGCUAUAUAUGUGUAGCAUAUAUGUUUACUAGGAUAGACAUGUUCAAAAUAUGUACAACCAAAUGACUAUAAAUAUUCUGAAUCGCUGAAACUAGUCUCUGACACAAUAAAAUCCAGAACAUUUUUUUCUCUCCAUAGCCACUUAUACCAUAUGAAUAAAUCUUGAGGUUAAAUAAAGAAAUACCAAGAAACGAUAUACUGCAAUCUACACCAACUAGGAAAGUAGAAAUAGUGAUUAAUAAUGGUUUUAAACCAUUUCCUCUUUUAUUUUAUGUUCUUUUUUGGCUGCCUGGUACAUUUAAGUGGAACGUCACUGAUUAUUAACUGAGAACGAUCUAUUAGGAAGUACGAAAGUACUUGAAAGUGCAAAAACAAUAUUUUUCAAUGGCAAAAGUUGGUUUUGCGAAACUCUCUUAUAGUCGUUUCACUGAGCUUGAGAAUAUUCUGACAGAGUCAUUGUCGGAAACAUAAGAUAAAAAUUCUUACCACUCAUUAUUAAUACCUGAAAUAAACAUUACUGCUUACUUGUUUAAUUGAAAAAAGAAUAUUUAUGAAUAAUGGAAGUGAAUAUUCGUUCGUUAUAAAUAUACUAAUCUAUAAACGACUACAAAUUUCAAAAAUAAACAUUUAAAUCUUUGUUUUGAUUGAUGAUUUUUUUUAUUGAUAAACUGCAAAAAAAAUGCAUGUGAAUCCUGUUUUAAAUUUCAAUGAAUAUUCGCUAUGAGCACGUGUGCUUGGUUGUAUAGUAACUUUCAGCCACUUCCAAAUUAAUUAUAAAUUUACUAGAAUCGGAUUCACGAGAAGAAAUCAGUGCUGUCCUUAUUUUGCAGCGACUGGAGUUGUCUACAUUAGCCAAUUUAUUCCAGUUUUUAGGUACUGAAAACUUGCCUCUUACCCUCUCACGUCUGCUACAUAACGCACAUAUUGUUCGCUAUGUACCAAGUGGUUCACAUUGUGUCUUGGAGACAUGAGAGUAGGAUUUAGUAGCAAAGCUGAGUUGUAUUCCUAGAACUCCCAAGCAAUUUGUUGCGAUCCAGUGAGCAUUUCUCAAAGUUUUAUUACAAUCGGGAUAUUGACAACUCCUUUUGCCUCCAAGAUCCUUUUCCAGAAUUUAACCACUAUGAUAUUUUCCUUUCAGUUGUUCUCUUCACCAUCAUGGAACCUUACAUAUACAAGAGUUAUCUUAAAGCAUUUGCAUGUUAUAUAAGCUCAACAAACAAAUUCCUAAAAUAUUACUUCUAGAGCUAUUAAUUUAUAACUUUUCAACUAAUAUUUAAACACCGCAAUGGUUUACUUUACCUUCUUCUAACAACACUUUAUCUGCUGCCUUAAAAAGUUUUCUUGUUCAACCUCAGAUUUCAGAGUCUGGAUGAAGAUUUUUGUUUGAUACGAGUAUAGCUAUUCUGUCAUUUUAAGCUCGUUAGUAUUGAGUGUUUUAAUAAUUCCAAAAGCAUGUACCUAACAGUGUUGGAUUAGUACAAUUGAUCCUAGAUGUCAAACCAUUUCGAACACUAAGUGUAUAGGUCAAAUGUUUUUGUUAUAUAAAAUUCACUUUAAGAAUUUACUGGAAGUCAAAUUUGUUAUUAAUUUUUUAUGAAUGUUAUAUGCUUUUUAUGUUUAUUAUUUCUUGUAAUAACUUGAUGUCGCAAUGAAAGCUUUUAAAUGUGUAAAAUGUAAAAUAAAACCGUUUGAUACGAAUUUAU